AACCACUCUCCCUUAGGGCCUCUUCAAUACAUGCUAGAUAUGGAGAUACUGAUGAAUGCGGAGGCUUCCGGCCUCCUCCUAUGGCUACUUUUCACGCCUUGUGGGUUGGUGUCGCCUAUGCUUGAAGUUGGACUUGAAGCAGAUGAAUGUUGGGUCCUAAGUCGUGUGUACUACUACUACUGCAUGAGGACUGCAAAAUGUAGGAGAGCUUGCCAAGAGCACCAGUUCAUUGACGGGCGCUGCUGGUGGAAGUUUCCUUAUUUGGUGCCCUUGUGUGAGUGCUUGCGCCCGAAAUGCGCUCCUCCCACAACACUAGAUCCUUAAGAAUAAUCCCCUAAAUAUGUGUGCCGGCAUGUUGCAUUGGUUGUACCGGUCGUGUCAUUAUUAGCAACUAGCUGGUGACUCGCCCAACUGCAAGGUUAAUCGUAAUGAACCGGUAUUAAAUA